CCCUCUUUUCUCUCUCUCUCUCUCUACCUUCUAAAUUCUUCCAUCCCCGAACCGCUAGACCGGAGCUCCAGUGACCGAUCGCGAGGCAGGCCGGUUCUUCAACCUCUCGGCGGCCCGCACGCGCCCCCCGGUCGCCGGUCGCCGGCCGUCGCGAGCCAACCGCGCGGAUCUCGGGGGUCUGUGCCUUCUAGGCGGCGGCGGCGGCUCUCCGUUUUUGUGUAAAUGGCAUUGGCAGAAACUACAGGUACUGAAAGAGGGCCAUUACCAGCCAAUGGUGGUCCAAGGAAGCCGCGGAUAUUGCUGGCCGCUAGUGGAAGCGUGGCCGCAAUCAAGUUUGGGAACCUCUGUCAUUGUUUCUCCGAGUGGGCCGAAGUGAAAGCAGUCGCCACUAGGGCUUCUUUACAUUUCAUUGAUAGAGCAUCACUGCCCAGGGAUGUAGUCCUUUACACUGAUGAGGAUGAGUGGUCAAGUUGGAAUAAAAUAGGGGACAGCGUCCUUCACAUUGAGCUGCGCCGAUGGGCUGAUAUCAUGAUCAUUGCUCCGCUAUCAGCGAAUACACUGGGCAAGAUUGCAGGAGGCUUGUGUGACAAUCUGCUAACAUGCAUAGUACGAGCAUGGGACUACGCCAAGCCCCUCUUUGUUGCCCCAGCUAUGAACACACUCAUGUGGAAUAACCCGUUCACGGAGCGGCAUCUUAUGACAGUUGAUGAGCUCGGAAUUUCUCUGAUUCCUCCUGUAUCAAAGAGGCUAGCUUGUGGUGACUACGGAAAUGGGGCAAUGGCCGAACCUUCACACAUCUACUCAACCGUGAGACUUUUCUACGAGUCUCGAGCUCAAGCAGGCAGCAGUAACUUUUAGGAAGCAUUUGUAUCUUUUUAGAAGUGAUGGGGACACUCACUUAAUCCGGUAGGCAUUCUUGCACUAUCUUUCUCAUAUAUAUUUAACGAGCAGGAUAACGCUGAUUCAAGACUGAGGUUUAUCUAAUCACCAGGCCAAACUUUUGGUUUGGUUAUCUAAUUUUACAAAUCACCUAUGUAAUUCAAGCAUCUUUUGUAUAAACUUUGAGUUUGUUUGGCAUCAUUGGCUGCUGCUCUUAGUAAUCCGACUGAAGUUCAACUCUCCAAA